AUGGCGAUAAAAACUUUAAAGAUUGCAGUACAAGGAUGCUGUCACGGUGAGUUGGAUCUCAUAUAUUCAAAGCUCAUAGGAAAGAAGGUUGACUUACUUGUCAUCACGGGAGAUUUUCAAGCACUCCGAAACAACACUGACUUAAAUGCCAUCGCAGUACCUUCAAAAUACAAAUCCUUGGGACACUUCCACAAGUACUAUUCGGGACAAAAGCGAGCCCCAAUACCGACAAUCUUUAUUGGUGGGAAUCAUGAGUCGUCCAGUUACCUUACAGAGUUGAAGUAUGGUGGGUGGGUAGCUCCCAAUAUAUAUUAUUUGGGAGAAUUUGGAUGUUUGUGGUACAAAGGUUUACGUAUUGUGGGGGCCAGUGGCAUCUUCAAUUACUCGUCAUUUCUCGAUAACAGGAUAGAAGAUGUACCGUUACCAUACACUCCCCUGACCAUACGGUCAGUCUACCACAUGACACCCAUGAAUUAUUUGAAGAUGAUGUUGAUACAGUCUGAGUUGAACAUAGAUAUAGUGGUGAGUCACGAUUGGCCCCAGUAUAUUUACCACCAAGGCGGCUUGGAUGGUCUUUUGAAGAAGAAGCCAUUUUUCAAAGAUGAUAUCAAUUCCGGGCGUCUUGGAAGUCCUUUGUUAAAAAAUGUGUUCAAUCACUUGAGGCCAACAUACUGGUUUCUGAGCCACCUCCACGUCAAGUUCGAAGUGGAUGUUCCUGGUCACCAACAGUUGCAGAAAACAAAAAAUACCGACGAAAUCGACCUUGAUAUGGGGAUGGAUGAUACAGAAGAAGAAGAAGAAUCAUCAUCACUGUCUACUCAUUUUCUUGCUCUUGAUAAAUGUGGAAAGCAUAGAAGGCACUUGGAAAUUUUCAAUGUUCUGGUAGACAAGAACCAUAUUUCGUUUGACAAGGACGAUUUCUACUAUGAUAGAAGAGCUAUUGUUAUCAAUAAGCUAAUGGGUCGGUUUGUAGUAUCUGACAAGGGCAAACAGAUCAAGCCCAAGGAAUUGUUAGACAGUUCGUACACAAUCAAAGUACUUAGGGUGCUUAACCAAGAAAUUGAAGAGGAGCUAAAUUCAUUGAGUGUAAAUCCAGAAGAUUUUAAGGUGCCUUUUAAUUUCAAAGUCAUUGCUCCUAGCGGGCUUAUUUCUCCUGAUCUACAAUUUUGGCCUAACAACCAAACAGAGGAAUAUUGUACAAAGUUUGAUAUUUCAAGGUGA